AUGAAGUCACCACCAGAAAGCAGGGACCCCAAGCUGUAUUGUCACUUUCAUAGUGACAUUGGACAUGACACCAAAGAAUGUAAGAGCUUAAAAAGGACAGUGGACGGCCUAGCCGCUAAGGGAUUCCUACAGAGUUGUAUCAGCAGGAACACAGGAGGUUCGGGAAAACUGUUCUACAAAAAGAACAAAUCACCUCCCUCAGAAGAGGAUGGGAACCGUACUGAUCCAGAGUUUGUGGCCGUCAUAUCAGGAGGGUUGGCCGCCGGUGGUCCAACCAUGAGGGGUCAGAAAGAUUAUGUCAAGCGGCUGGGGCAAGUGAUGUUGUCAGGAAAGGCCGCAGCCGACCCAUUUCCAAAAGUAGAAAUCGGCGAGGCCGACCGUGGGAAAAUAGCCACCCCGCACGACGAUCUGUUGGUAAUUGAGUUAAAGGUCGCCAAUCUGAGGGUUAGGCAUAUCUUGGUUGAUACAGGAAGCUCGGCAAAGGCUGUUAUUGUGACUCACUUGAUGCUUCUUAAGUUUGUAUGUGAUGAUGGGAGCGUCAGCACCAUACAUGGUGAUCAGCAACAAGUUAGAGACUGCUAUUUAACCACCUUGAGUCCGGAAGCAUGGAGGUCAGGUGAAGAGAAAGACACGUUGGGAAACAAACGAAAAUGUGGCGACACACAAUCCAAAUCCCUGAAGGAGACACUAACUAUCUCAGCGGCGCACAUGGAAGAAAGACGACCAGAGCCUUUUGGGGCUCAUUUCAAUGUGGUAUCGAAUACAGAUAAGCCAGACAGAGUAGUGCCCAUUGAAAUUCCUCCUGGCGACCCGUUGGCGGCAGAUCAGUAUCCCGACUGGGUUGCUAAUGUGGUCCUCGUCAAGAAACCAAACGGCACCUGGAGGAUGUGUGUUGAUUACACAAACCUCAAUAAGGCAUGUCCCAAGGACAGCUUCCCAUUCCCAAAGAUCGACCGGCUUGUCGACUCCACGGCGGGACAUGCCAUGAUGAGCUUCAUGGAUGCAUACUCAGGGUUUCAUCAAAUCCCCUUGUGGCUUGACGACCAGGAAAAGACGUCAUUUUUUACAGAAAAAUGUCUAUACUGUUACAAAGUAAUGCCGUUUGGGUUAAAGAAUGCACCGGCCACCUUUCAUCGUCUUAUUAACACUUUGUUCACCAAACAGCUCGGCAGAAACAUUGAAGCUUACAUUGAUGAUAUGAUUGGAGAGACUUUAUACAUGUACCUUGCUGUAUCUGAACACUCGCUGAGUACCGUUCUACUAACAGAGAGGGAAGGAAUACAGAUGCCAAUGUACUUCGUCAGUCAUGUUCUUCAAAAUGCUGAAAUUAGAUACCCUACGGUGGAAAAUUUUGGUUUAGCCUUGUUCAUGGCCAGCAAAAAGCUUCGUCCUUACUUCUUAGCCCACAGGAUAGUGGUCUACACGGGUCAGCCGCUUAAACUGCCUUUCACGAAGAUGGAGGCGUCAGGCCGAAUGCUGAACUGGGCUAUUGAGCUGAAUGCCUUUGAUAUCACUUAUGAACCUAGGAAAGCCGUCAAGGGGCAAGCUUGUGCAAACUUUAUUGUUGAAAUUACGAGGCAUUCCUUUGACAAGAAUACAAAGACGGUGUGGACAUUGUACGUAGACGGCUCGUCCACGCAGAACGGUUGUGGAGCCGGGAUAACCUGCCAAUCGCCAGAAGGGGAUACUUUUGAGUAUGCUAUGCGGUUUAACUUUCAGGCGUCCAACAAUGAGGCUGAGUAUGAAGCCCUGCUUUGUGGCAUUAAAAUGUGUAAAGCGGCCGGUGCCGAAGAAAUCUUAGCACUAUCUGACUCUCAACUGAUUGUGAGCCAAGUCAAUGGAACCUACGAGGCAAGGGAACCGACGAUGGUUAAAUAUAUGCAGGCCGUCCACCAGGAGGUGGAGCCACUGAAAAGCUUUGAAGUAAGGCAAGUCCCUCGCUCAGAAAAUAACCAAGCGGAUGCCUUGUCAAAAUUGGCCAGUUCUGCGUCUUGUGAUACCCCUCGUCAUGUGUUCUGGGAGGUAAAGGAACACAAGAGCAUCGAGAAAAUGGAGGCCUACUCCCGUCCUUUGUUGAGAUGUGUGACGCCUGAAAAGGGACAAGAAAUUCUAGAAGACCUUCACCAGGGACUAUGUAGCUCGCAUAUUGGGGGAAGGGCCUUGGCAGAAAAGGCACUUCGAACCGGCAAUUAUUGGCCGACUCUUAAGGAUGAUGCAAUCUCAUUGGUCAAGAAGUGUGACAAAUGUCAGCGCUUUGCUCACCUAAUACACCGACCGACUCGAUUUCUGACACCCAUCACUAGUCCAAUUCCGUUUGCUAAGUGGGGAAUGGACCUCCUAGGCCCGUUUACUGCCGCUCCUGGAGGGAGGCGUUAUGUCAUUGUUGCUGUAGAUUACUUCACCAAGUGGGUGGAAGCAGAAGCACUCAAGAAUAUAAAAUCCAGUGAUUUUGAGACGCCUAAGCUGAAAGAAUGGCUGGCGGACCAUGGCAUACAUAGUUGUAUUGCCUCUGUUGGACGUCCCCAAGCCAAUGGCCAGGUUGAGGCGUUCAACAAAAUAAUCUCUGAAGGGAUUAAAAAGAAGCUUGACGAAGCCAAGGGUCUGUGGGCUGAUGAGUUGCCAAACGUCUUAUGGUCAAUCCGCACCACGGCAAAGAACUCCACCGGUGAAACCCCCUUCUUAUUAGCUUAUGGUGCCGAGGCCGUCCUACCCAUAGAGAUGUGUGAGCCAACCUUGAGAGUCAUGCUAUACGAUGAAAAUGCUAACUGGGAAAUGAUGAAAGUGGCCUUGGAUCUCUUGCCUGAGGUUAGAGGAAAUGACGCCCUAAGACAACAGCUGUACAAGAUAAGAAUGGCGAGGGAAUACAACAAAAAAGUCUCUAACAGAGUGCUCAAAGUGGGAGAUUUUGUCCUCCGAAAAAUGGAAUCCACAGGCCGAGCCAAUGAACAGGGUAAGUUGACGCCUACCUGGGAAGGACCUUAUGAGAUCUAUGAUGAAGUCAGGGAUGGAACUUACCGCAUUCAAGACAUGCAAGGCCGACCUAUCCUGCGCACUUGGAAUGCUGACAAUCUCAAGAAAUAUUUCUUUUAG